AUGAUGUCAGCUGUUGUGUGGAAAACCUUCGGGUCACGCCGAUCCACAAGCGGUUCCCCAGGCAUUUCAUCAGACCCCACUGAGGUUCCCUUCUCUCAGCAACAAAGAAAAAAAUCAGAUUUUUUCCAAUCCGUCCGUACCAAUAAGAAAGAGACAAGUGACGGGUAUCAAUCACUUUUUAUGAGGAGCUUUUUAGCUCUCUACUUAUUUUCGUGUCAUUUAGCCUUCUUUUGCAAUGUCUUUUUGAUGGGGGAAAACCCGCACUGGUUAUCACUUGUUACCUACGGAACCUUCGGGUCCUUAAUUCAGCUUUUCACCGCCCUCGUCAUUUGCGAGGCCGUCCACUUCGUUUUAAAAUUCUUUUGCAAAAGAAAAAAAUUGUUUCUUAUCGGUAAUAAGCGCCUCCGUCAUUUUCUUGUGGUCAGCUAUGCAGUGCUGAUUUCAACUUAUGGAUUAUUUUGGGCAACCCAGCCACCUGUAAUUAAAAGGGUUUCUAUACCGAUUCCUAAGUUACCAAAAUCUUUGGAAGGAUUUAAGAUCGUUCAACUCACCGACAUUCACCUUGGUCCGACCGUUGGCAAAAGACAUUUGGAGACAGUGGUCAAAAUGGUUAAUGAUUUGAAACCAGACAUUUUGGUGAUGACUGGAGACUUGGUUGAUGGCACUGUAGAAAUUUUGAGGUCUGCUGUAGAACCAAUGAAAGACAUCAAGGCAGUCCAUGAAAAGUUCUUCAUCACAGGUAACCAUGAAUAUUAUACUGGUGAUGUUGAUCACUGGUUUCAACACUUGACCCAACUAGGUUACACGGUUCUACACAAUUCAAAUGUCAAACUUCCCAGGACAGGUGUAAAAGCAGCUCAGCAAUUUUGUCUGGCUGGGGUCGAUGAUAUUGAUGCUGUUCACAUGGGUUAUCAUGGCCAUGGUCCAGAUAUCGUGCAGGCUCUGUCCACAUGUGAUCCCACCCAGCCAGUUAUAGUACUUGCACAUCAGCCAAAAGUUGCCAAAAAAAUACUUGAUUCCACUUACAAAGUCGACUUGAUUCUCUCAGGUCACACCCAUGGUGGUCAGAUGUUUCCAUUGAUGGUUGGUGCUUACCUGAUCAAUCCAUUUUUUGCUGGGCUCUACCAUUAUAAAGGCCAAAGUUAUGUUUAUGUGUCGGAAGGGACAGUUUACUGGGGAAUCCCAAUGCGAAUUGGGAGCACAAUGGAAAUUACAGAAAUCACGCUGACUUCCAGAUAA